AUUAGUUCAGCUGUGUGAAACACAUACCGUCCAUCAGUCUUCUCGUUGUUUAUUCUGCAGUAAAUAUGAUGAAGUUAGCCAAAUGGACACUGACAACUGCCAGCAUGGCACUGAAGAGAAAGCCUCUCGCUCAGGUGUGCGACUUCCGUUACAGAUUCACACCGUCAACAUUCAGAUACGCCGCGACUACAAGGACAAGUGAGGACGACAUUCUGAGCCGGUUUAAAAUCGGCAAAAAGCUUGGUGUGGGAGGAUUCGGCCAGGUUUAUGAAGGGAAGCGCUUGGAGGAUGGUCUUGAGGUGGCAGUGAAAAUUGUCAAAAAGUUCAGGAGCAUGGAAUACGUCAAAAUUCCUGGUCAUCCUACAAUCCUCCCAUUAGAGGUCGGCCUGUUAACCGCUGCUAAUAGGGACCCCAAAGUUAAAGAGAUCAUUGAACUGCUGGACUGGCAGGACCAGCCUGACCAAUAUAUCAUGGUCUUGGAGCGUCCCCCACACUGCAAAGAUGUGUUUCAUUUUUUGAUUGAUCACAAACGCAUCCUCAGGGAGGAAACGGCACGGACUAUCAUGGCGCAGGCAACAACGGCUGCUCAGACGUGCUGUGACCGAGGAGUUUUCCACGGCGACAUCAAGUUACAAAACCUGCUGAUCAACAAAAAAACACUUAAGGUCAAACUGAUUGACUUCGGGUGCGGGAGAUUCCUGAAAGAGUCCGGCUAUGACGACUUCCGUGGCACCAUAACGUACUGUCCACCUGAGCUCGACACAUUGCACAAGUACCACGCUGAACCAGCUACUGUGUGGUCUCUGGGAAUGCUCUUAUUCGAGAUGGUUUGUGGACGCUUUCCAGAAGCCAAAGAGCAUCCGAGGAUUAAUAAUGACAUGUGGUCUGAGCGUCAAUUGUCAAAAGAUUGCUGCCACCUGAUUCGACGCCUCCUGCAGGAAAACCCAAAACGGCGGAUUGGCUUGGAGCAAAUCAUUUCCCAUAAUUGGUUUAAGUUGCUGUCAAAACCCAAAUUUAAUGGAGUGGAUAAGAUCAAAACAUGGACAUACAUGGCUGCUACGGGACUGAAUGUGACCCCUGGACCGGAUUACGCACAGAAACAUUGACCGGCAGAUGGUGGAGUUUGCGUUUGCUUUGGAAGGGAAACUGGAUGACAUCAACAAACCAUUCCUUUAAUGGCUUCAGCGCUUUCACACCUAACAACAUAUUGUUAAAGCUUUCUUCAAGACAGAUCUCUUUGCCCUAGCAUAAAUAUAAUACAUUAAAUCUUGAUGUACUCGUUACAUCAUAAGAAGAAUGGCAUCUACGCUAAUUAGUGUCUUUGUU